AUGGCUUCCUCUGUCUCUGAUGUUUCUAUACAGCCUCGAGAUGUUUGUGUUGUGGGAGUGGCGAGAACGCCUAUGGGAGGCUUUCUUGGCUCCCUCUCUUCUUUGACUGCCACAAGACUUGGUUCCAUAGCCAUUGAAGCUGCACUUAAAAGAGCAAAUGUUGAUCCUGCUCUUGUGGAAGAGGUCUUCUUUGGAAACGUCUUAACUGCAAAUCUCGGGCAAGCACCAGCAAGACAGGCCGCACUUGGUGCUGGGAUUCCUUAUUCAGUGAUCUGCACUACUGUCAACAAAGUCUGUGCUGCAGGAAUGAAAUCUGUUAUGCUAGCGGCUCAAAGUAUCCAGCUUGGAGUGAAUGAUGUUGUUGUGGCUGGUGGAAUGGAGAGCAUGUCAAACGUACCUAAGUACCUCCCGGACGCAAGAAGAGGUUCACGAUUAGGCAAUGAUACUAUUGUUGACGGUAUGACGAAAGAUGGACUUUGGGAUGUGUACAAUGACUUUGGAAUGGGAGUUUGUGGAGAGCUAUGCGCUGACCAGUACCGUAUUACAAGAGAGGAACAGGAUGCUUAUGCUAUCCAGAGCUUUGAGCGUGGCAUUGCUGCACAAAACGCUCGGUUGUUCGCUUGGGAGAUUGUUCCGGUCCAAGUUCCUACUGGAAGAGGGAGGCCUUCAGUAGUUGUUGACAAAGAUGAAGGACUUGGGAAGUUUGAUGCUGCAAAGUUAAAGAAGCUUAGACCAAACUUCAAGGAGGAUGGUGGAACAGUCACUGCUGGAAAUGCAUCAAGUAUAAGUGAUGGUGCGGCAGCGUUAGUGCUGGUGAGUGGAGAGAAGGCUCUGGAGCUUGGACUGCAUGUCAUUGCUAAGAUUAGAGGAUACGCUGAUGCUGCUCAGGCACCUGAGUUGUUCACAACCACGCCGGCUCUUGCUAUUCCUAAAGCUAUAAAGCGUGCUGGUUUAGAUGCAUCACAAGUUGAUUACUAUGAGAUAAACGAAGCCUUCUCUGUUGUAGCUCUGGCCAACCAGAAACUGCUGGGAUUAGAUCCUGAACGACUGAAUGUGCAUGGAGGAGCUGUUUCACUAGGACAUCCAAUAGGAUGCAGUGGUGCUCGUAUCUUGGUCACUUUAUUGGGGGUGUUGAGAGCAAAGAAGGGAAAAUACGGAGUGGCGUCAAUAUGCAACGGAGGAGGAGGAGCAUCGACCGUUGUCCUCGAGUUCAUGUCGGAGAAGACAAUCGGAUACUCGGCACUCUGA